AAGGAAAAACUUAGCUUGCUCGCGCCGGUGGUUUCAAGAAAGAAAGUUGCUCGCGUCCUAUUUUCCGUCAACCUCUUCGCCGCGGCUACCUGUCCCCUCUUUUAGGCUGUCGUUCAUAGAGCUAAGAACUCAAAAUAUUCAGCUGAUGAGGAUAUGGAGGAGACAGAUGUUAAAGAUCCAAAUUUAAAGCAAUCUCUGGAGUCUGCUACUUCUCAGAUUAGCCAGCUAGCUCUUUCUAAUAGUCCUACUGGUGUUGCCAAUCUUGCAGCUGUUUUUCUGUUCCCGCUUUUCAUAAAUUAUUUUCAGAUGGGUGUCACUGGAGCAGCCACUGCCACUGUUGUGUCUCAAUACAUAGGUAGCUUCUUGAUGAUUUGGUUUCUUAGCAAGAGAGUAAUAUUAUUACCUCCAAAAUUUGGAGAUCUGAAGUUUGGGGUCUAUUUAAAAUCUGGUGGAUUUCUGAUUGGAAGAACUGUGGCUGUUUUGAUAACUAUGACGAUGGGGACCUCGAUGGCUGCUCGUCAAGGUCCUCUAGCUAUGGUUGCUCAUCAAAUCUGUAUGCAAGUGUGGUUGGCUGUCUCUCUUUUAACUGAUGGAUUGGCCGCAUCUGGUCAGGUCUACACUCCGAGGAAUGCGCCUAUACUAGUGAGGAAAUUGAUGUGGUUCGUGAGCAACGGGCUAAGUGUUUUACCCGCAAGUAUUUACUAUUGGCUUGAGCGCGCUUGAUCGAGGUGGUUUAGUUGUUAUAGAACAAUCGUUUACAUUAAAAUGUAUGCGUACAUUGAAAUUGGAACGUAUAUUUGAAUGUAGUACGUGCACUUUGGUUUUGGGAUAUAUAUAUAUGUAUACAAAACACCAGUUAUUAUUUUUUA